AUGAUGGCUCCUCAGCAGACGCAGCAGCUUCUGUCCCCCAACCAGCUACAGGCGCUGAUCCACCAGAAGCAACACGCCCUUCUGCUCCAGCAGCAUCUGAAGGAGUUUUACAAGACGCAGCAACAACAGAUUCACCUGCAGCUGCUUCAACAGAAACCCAGCAAGAAAGUCAAAGAGCUCCCUGCACAGCAGCUCGUGUUCCAGCAGCUCCUCCAGCUCCAGCAACAACAGCAGCAGCUCGUCCGGGUGCAGAGACCAGUCCUGUCCUCUCCUGCCCUCUCUCCAGUUGGUUUCAGCUCUGCAGACAUGCAGCAGAUAUGGAAAGAGCUCGUGAAAGGACUAACUGAAGAUAAAACCACGAUUAAGGGCAAUCAGGACUCUUCUGCCGAGAGCGUAGUGUCAAGAAAAGUCACUGGGAGACAGACCAGUGACCAGCAGUCUCCCUCUCCUCGCAGGGCAAAACGUGCUGAUCACGCCGCUUCACAUGUUCUCUACAGUCACGGUGUGUGCAACUGGCCCGGAUGUGAGUCAGCCUGUGAAAACUUGAACCAGUUUAUCAAGCACAUAGGCAGCGAACACACUCUGGAUGACAGAAGCACAGCCCAGUGCAGAGUCCAGAUGCAGGUGGUCCAGCAGCUUGAGCUUCAGCUCUGCAAAGAACGGCAGCGUCUGCGAGCGAUGACGGCUCACCUGCAUCUGCCAUCUUCAGAAGCUCAGUCGCUCUCUGCACCCGCGAGUCUGCAGCCGCCACAGUCUGACGCGGCUGCUGACCCACACGGCCUACAGCUCAGCCUGCCCUCGCUGAACCCGUCAGACUCGGCACAAGCCCCCCCCCGACCACUGGCCCCUGUCAGCGCUCCAUCCCAGGGGUGUGAAGAAGAAGAGUCGCCCACUCAUACAGCACGUGCUGGGGCCAUGAGACAGCGACACCACCCCUUGGUUUACUCGUUGUCGUCAGAAAAUGAAUAUGAGCUCUACAAGAACACUGAUAUCAGACCACCUUUCACCUACGCAACACUGAUAAGACAGGCUAUUAUGGAAGCAUCAGACAUGCAGCUAACACUCAACGAGAUAUACAACUGGUUCACACGGACGUUUGCUUAUUUCCGACGCAACGCUGCCACUUGGAAGAACGCAGUUCGCCACAACCUGAGCCUGCACAAGUGUUUCGUGCGUGUGGAGAACGUGAAAGGUGCCGUGUGGACGGUGGAUGAGGUGGAAUACCAGAGGAGGAGAUCCCAGAAGAUCCCAGGGAGUCCAUCACUGAUAAAAAAUGUGUCCUCGAACCUUGCUUUCAGGACCAUUGUGAACGCCAGCUUACAGACGGCAGCGGCUGAGGCGUCACUGCCGGGAUUCGAGAAGGAGAGCGUGAGCAGAAACUCCAGGAGUCAAAUACAGGAGGGCAAAGCGGCAAACAGCAACAGCCACAGUAACCCAAACAUCUCUUUACGAGUCCAGCAGUGUCUUUUCCUUAAAGAGAAAGCGAUGAAUCUGAAUGACCAAAAACCUCUGGUGCCGACAGUAACACCAGCCACUCUGCAUCAUGACAUGACUGCAAAUGACGAAGAGCACUUGUUUGACCUUGAAUGA